AUAUCCACCACUCUCCCAUCUCCAAUACACCUCCUAACCAGUCCUCACAUCAAUGGCCCUUCCAUUCAUCAUCCUAGCCAUCAUCUUCUCCUUCCUUGCUUUCAAACUCUACCAACGGCUCAGAAUCCGUCUCCCUCCUGGCCCACGUCCAUGGCCCGUUGUAGGCAAUCUCUACGACAUCAAGCCCGUCAGAUUCCGUUGUUUCUCCGAAUGGUCCCAAACCUACGGUCCGAUCAUGUCGGUAUGGUUUGGAUCGACGUUGAACGUUGUCGUGUCCAGCUCAGAGCUGGCGAAGGAAGUACUGAAGGAGAAUGAUCAGCAACUGGCCGAUCGGCCCAGGAGCCGAUCAGCGGCUAAGUUUAGCCGAGAUGGGCAGGACCUGAUAUGGGCCGAUUACGGGCCCCACUACGUUAAAGUGAGGAAGGUUUGCACGUUGGAGCUCUUCUCUCCUAAAAGGCUGGAGUCUUUGAGGCCCAUCAGAGAAGAUGAAGUGACGGCCAUGAUCGAAUCCAUCUACAGAGAUUGCAACAGUCCAGAUAAGUUUGGAAAGAAGGUGGUGGUCAAGAACUAUCUCUCAGCAGUAGCAUUCAACAACAUAACUCGGCUCGCAUUCGGAAAGCGCUUCGUGAACUCGGAGGGCAUCAUGGACGAGCAAGGGAUCGAGUUCAAGGCAAUAGUCUCAAAUGGGUUGAAACUCGGUGCAUCGCUCGCUAUGGCCGAACACAUUCAAUGGCUUCGGUGGAUGUUCCCACUGGAGGAGGAGGCGUUCGCGAAACAUGGGGCCCGCAGGGACCGACUCACCAAAGCUAUCAUGGAUGAACACACGGUCGCACGAGAAAAGAGCGGUGCGAAGCAACAUUUCGUCGAUGCGUUGUUGACACUCCAGGAGAAGUAUGAUCUUAGCGAAGACACAAUCAUUGGACUGCUUUGGGACAUGAUCACAGCAGGCAUGGACACUACUGCCAUAUCAGUUGAGUGGGCCAUGGCAGAGCUGAUCAAGAACCCAAGAGUUCAAGAGAAGGCCCAAGAGGAGUUAGACCGAGUCAUCGGGUUCGAUCGAGUGAUGACUGAGUCAGACUUCCCAAACCUGCUCUACCUGCAAUGCGUGGCUAAGGAGGCUCUACGGUUGCACCCACCAACACCCCUCAUGCUCCCCCACAAGGCCACUGCAAACGUUAAGAUCGGCGGCUACGAUGUUCCCAAAGGCUCCAACGUACAUGUGAACGUGUGGGCCGUUGCACGUGACCCAGCCAUGUGGAAAGAUCCACUACAGUUCCGACCUGAGCGCUUCCUCGAGGAGGACAUCGACAUGAAGGGUCAUGAUUUUCGGCUACUACCGUUUGGAGCUGGCCGUCGGGUUUGCCCUGGGGCCCAGCUGGGGAUCAAUCUGGUCCAGUCGAUGCUGGGCCACCUCUUGCACCAUUUUCAGUGGACCCCACCAGAAGGGGUGAAGGCUGAUGAGAUUGACAUGUCAGAGAACCCAGGGUUGGUUACAUUCAUGCGGACCCCACUGGAGGCUGUCCCUAUCCCACGGUUGCCUGCACAGCUCUACAAACGUGUGGCUGUAGAUAUGUGAUUUUGGUUUUUUUUUUUUAGUUCUGUUUUUUUGGGUUUUCUACAGAUGCUUAAAGCUUGUAGUUUUAUCAAUUUAAAGGGUUUAAGGAGAGAAUGAAAAUAACUGGACUUUGAGAAGGUUUAAAGGAUAUGGAUUUGAAUGAUUUUCUAA